AUGGCAGGUUUCACCGGGGUGGUCAGGCGGCUCUUUGGCACACGAAAAGUCAAUGCCGACUCGAAAAACCAGGUCGGACGCACGCCGCUCUCUCUAGCUGCCGAGAAUGGACACGUGGAGGUAGCUAAGUAUCUACUCGGCACAAGGACAGUUGAUGUAGACAGCAAGUGUGGCGGUUUCUUCUCCGGCCGGACACCCUUGUCGUUUGCCGCGGCGAGUGGGUAUGAAGCCAUCGUCAAGCUUCUCCUCGAGACCGGCAAGGUCAACGCCGACACGGCGUCUAAUGGCUUGUUUGACGCUGGCCAGUCUCCGCUAUCAUUAGCCGCCGAGAAUGGUCACAUGUCUGUCGUUGAAUUGCUACUGAAGACGGGCAGGGUUGACGUGAACUCGACGGCCAAUUAUGACGGCCGAUCGCCUCUGUCUUGGGCUUCCGGGAACGGCCACGAAGCUGCUGUCCGUGCCCUCCUCGAUGAUUCCGACGUCGAUGUCGACUGCAAGGACUUCGACAAUCGAACACCACUAUCAUUCGCCACCGAGAACGGCCAUGAAGCUGUUGUCAGGCUGCUCUUGGCCACUGGUAAAGUCGAUUUACUAGUAGAGGAUGACAAGUUCUCCUAG